CGAGAACAGCUUCAAGAUUUACUCUUGUUCAAAUGUAUUUCAAGGUGUUGUGUCUCGCUAGUCUGGUGGGGUUGGUGGUGGCGCAGCACGGGCACGAGCACGCGCACUCCUCGCAGCACAUCUCCAAGCACGACGGGCACGCGGAGCCGGUCCUCAUCAAGGACCACCACGGCCACGAGAAACACGUCGACUACUACACGCACCCCAAGUACAAGUUCGAGUACAAAGUGUCGGACAAGCACACCGGUGACCACAAGACGCAGCACGAGCACCGCGACGGCGACGUCGUCAAGGGCUUCUACAGCCUGCACGAGCCCGACGGCUCCGUCAGGGACGUGCACUACGAGAGCGAUAAGAAGACUGGAUUUCACGCUGAGGUGAAACACAGCACUCACCACAUUGUUCCCAAACAUCAUCAUAAUUAAAAGUGACCUAUCUAAAUACCUAUUUU